UGAGUAUCUACUCUGGAGGAGAUCGUCGUCAAGAUCAAUAGUAAACAUGAAGCAGAAGAAGCUAAGGAGCGCACUCAGAGGGAGGAAGAGGAACGAAAGAAGAAAGAACGUGAAGAGGAUGAACGUAGAGAAGCGGAUAGGAAGCAGCGUGAAGAAUUUCAGUCACAGAUGCAUAAGGAAAUAACGGUCAAACUUGACAAAGUGUGCAAGGCAGUUAACAGCAAGAAGGCAGGCAGCGGUGAUGAUAUUGCUAACUUGAAGGCUCAAAUUGAAGAAUCGCCUCGUGGUUUGAAAGGCAAAUGCGCAGUUGCUGAGGAUGAUGAGGUCGUACGUCUUCGUGUUGAGGUGGUACAAUUGAAGCAAAGUCAGAUGGGAGUUAGUACCUUUGCUACAUUUACUAAGGCACCCAACGAUUUGGAAGAAUUGGUGCGUCUUCGUCUGGAGCAGGCUGAUACUAAAGCAGCUAUUGACCAAAGGUUCGAGUCAUUGGAGGAGGUCAUUAGAGCUCUUCGGAAGCAGUGCGAGUUGGCCGAAGCCAACGCGGACGUCUGGAGCAAUGAAGCCCUACGUUCGGUCAACAAAAGGGGCAGCGUAGCUAUCGGACCAACUCCGGGUACUGAGGCUAGGGUGCGGCUGAAGGUAACCCCGAUCGCCUCUGCAUGUGCGGUCAAUCAACAAAUUAAGGGGAUUGUCGAACGACAUCAGCAGGAGGUUGAUUUACUGAAAGAGAUGCGGUUGAAGGAGGUCAACGCUCGAAAAGAGUCAGAGGAGGAGGUUGACCGGUUGAAGGAGGCGAUGGCACGCUUAGGUACAGGCAGGAAGACUAAGGGCACUAACCUUAAGACUCGGAUGGAUAUUGUGGCGGGUGUUUCGACAAGGAAAGACCAUGGGGUUACGAUGGCUUCUCCGAUGGCAAUUGUCAACGCACGCGAUUCUCACCUGCAGGAGGAAACGAAGAAGUUAAGAUUGUUGAAGAAAGAGGAUGUGCUUGCAAUCUGUGAAAAGGAAGGGAUUGAUUAUACUACAUUGGAGCCAACGAAGGAAGAGAUCGCACAACGAAGAACUGCCAGAGUGUUCGAUAAGGACAAAGGUAAGAAGGUCAAAGAUUCAACGGUAGAUUUGACUGAGGGUGGGAACGAUGACUCUGAGACGAGCGGCGGAUGUGACUCAGCUUCCUCUUAGUGUCACGCCUGAACGCGACGCUCUUGUGGCAAACCAC